CGUCCGAAUGGCACGCUUUCAUCGCUCGCGCAGCUGUCGUAUGCCCAUUUCAGCCCCGUCGAAGUUCAAAACCCUCUCUAAAACCCCACUCGAUCUUCUUCUUUCCUAAAAUACCCUUCUCUUCUCUCUCUCAUGGAUUCUUCAAUCACACCACUUAAUGAAGGCAAUCCCCAUUCUUUCAUUUCCCCCAAACAAGAACCGAAGCUCGAACCCCCAGAUGAAGAAGAACAUACCCCUCUCCCAAACCCUAACUCUCUCAAAGAAGAAGUCUCCUCGUCGGAAUCUGACAUAUAUGCGGAAUUCCUCCGAAUCUCCCGCCUCUUUCACUCUGCCUUCGCCGGAAAGCUCGGCCGCGACCUCGCUGUCCUCAGCCCUGGCGCCCUCCCCAUCGUCCCUACCAAUCCUCCACCGUCGAUCUCUUCCGCUAUUGUCCCCGUGACAAAACGGAAGAGACAACGCUCCACCGAGAUGGUCCGCGUCUCUUCUCUCACCGUCCAUGACCAGCAGCACUUCCGCGAUUCAGUCCGCAAGACUCGAAUCACCUAUGAAUCGCUCCGGCUUUUCUUGCUACGGGAGGAAUGCCCGAGCCCUGUCACCGGCAGACGGACGCGAGCGGAUUUAAAGGCUGCGGCGGCGAUGAUGGACCGAGAGCUGUGGUUGAACAGGGACAAGCGCAUCAUCGGUUCGAUCCCGGGCGUUGACGUUGGCGAUCUGUUCUUUUUCCGGAUGGAAAUGUGCGUGAUCGGAUUGCACGGCCAGGUUCAGGCGGGGAUCGAUUAUGUGCCGGGGAUCCGGUCUUCCAAUGGGGAGCCGAUUGCAACCAGCAUCAUUGUCUCUGGUGGGUAUGAAGAUGAUGAAGACAAGGGUAACAUGAUAAUCUACACAGGUCAUGGUGGUAGGGCGCGGCAGCAAAUGCGGCACAAUGUUCACCAGAGGCUCCGGGGGGGCAAUCUUGCACUGGAGCGGAGCCGGCAUUACGGAAUUGAGAUCCGUGUGAUUCGGGGGUUGAAGUAUGAGAGUAGCCCCACUGGUAAGGUUUAUGUCUAUGAUGGUCUGUAUCGGGUUGUUGAUUAUUGGUUGGACGUCGGUAGAUCAGGUUUCAGCGUUUACAAGUAUAAGCUUUUGAGGAUGGUGGGGCAGCCAGAAAUGGGCAGUGCGGUUAUAAAAUUCACAGAGAAUUUGAGGAAAAAUCCCCUAUUGGGUCUACCUGCUGGCUACAUGAGUCUUGAUAUUUCAAGAGGGAAAGAGAAUUUACCUGUUUAUCUGUUUAAUGACAUUGAUAGUGAUUGCGAACCGAUGCUAUUUGAUUACCUUGUUCGCCCCAUAUACCCUCCAUUUGCAUUUCAGCAGGUGGGUGGUGGCGUUGGGUGUGAUUGUAUUUCGCCUUGUUCGGAUGGUUGUUACUGUGUUGAAAGAAACGGGGGCAAAUUGGCAUAUGAUGAAGAUGGGAUUCUUUUGAAAGGGAAGCCAUUGAUAUAUGAAUGUGGUAGCUCAUGCCGCUGCCCUCUGAGUUGCCGGAAUCGAGUUAGCCAGAAAGGGGUAAAGCACCGUUUGGAAGUGUUUAGAUCGAGAGAAACAGGUUGGGGGGUUAGGUCCUUGGAUUCCAUUCGGGCUGGGGCUUUUAUCUGUGAGUACUCGGGGAUUAUACUCACAAGUAAACAGGCAGAAGUGGUUGCCAUGAAUGGUGACAGUUUGAUUCAUCCGAGUCGGUUUCCUGAACGGUGGGUGGAAUGGGGGGAUUUGUCCAACAUUUUCCCUAGAUACGAACGACCUGCAUCCCCAUUGUUGCCUCCACUGGGUUUCGCAAUGGACGUGUCGAGUAUGAGGAAUGUUGCUUGCUAUUUCAGUCACAGCUGUAGUCCCAAUGUGCUGGUGCAGUUUGUAUUGUUUGAUCACUAUGAUCUAUCAUAUCCUCAUCUUAUGCUCUUCGCGAUGGAGAACAUCCCACCUUUGAGAGAGCUGAGCAUUGAUUAUGGGGUGGCAGAUGAAUGGGCAGGAAAGCUAUCUCCAUAGCCAAAUACUUCCUGCUGGUGGUACCUGGAUGUGGAUGUGGUGCACUGUUUUUGACAGCGUGCUGCACUCAGACUCAUUUUUGCAGUUUGAGGCGCCAGCUGUACUCACUCUCUGUAUGUCCUCCCUCAUAUUUAUGUCUAAGCAUUCAUUUUCCCCUUAUCUUUUUUGGAUGCUUCAGUUGUUGUUAAUUAGCAAGCCUUGCCAAACUUUCAUCGUCUAUCUAUUCAUGAGGUUACUUCAGUUCCUUUUCAUCCCACUGGGGUCAUCAUCCAAGUGAAAUAUAACCUAAAGUAAAGCAUCUGUCAUCUGCUUCAAUUCAGUAAAUAGAAAUGUCUCACUACUUGUAUGAA